AUGGACAACAUCGACGAGGAAUAUGACCGGCUUGUUGAACACCUUCGCGACUGCGCGAAGAAGGCUGAGAGUUCUAAAACCACCAAGAGACGCCUGUCUCUUGAAACUCUUGAGCUGAUACGCCAGCGUGGAGCAGCACGAGCUGCAGGGAACCAAGAACUUUGCAGAGAGGCGAUAAGGGAAGACCGUAAAGAGAGAAUAGCAGAAGUGCUGGCUGAAGCUGCAGAGGCGGGGAAAAACAUCCGCUAUGCCCGUCGAGACUUCGCCAGUCGCAAGACGAGGAUGACUGCUCUCCGGAACCCGAAGGGAACAGCCAUUGCGUCGAGAAGAGGGAUAGAGAAAAUCAUCUACGACUUCUACUCCGAUCUCUUCCAUGUCCACUUGCCUCCUCACCAUCUGAGGGAAGACGGACAUGUCAUUCAGGAAGUUCUCCCGUCCGAAAUACGACAUGCUAUCAUGUCGGUAAGAAAUCGUACGGCACCCGGUCCCGACAGAAUAAGACCAGAACAACUGAAGAACCUUCCGCCGGGUGCGUGUAAAGAGGGUCCCGGCGGAAUUUCGAGCAUGCCCCAGUCAUGCCUCGUCAGAGCAAUUAGCGAUGGUGUGUGUCCAAAAGAGAUUCACUUUCGUUAG